AUGCAUGGGGCCCGUCCACACAGUUCACCAGCACUGAUGACAAAUGCACAGUUAGUCCCAGACCGUCACUCAUUCACCACAGCCACCUUACUGGUUUCACUUAAUCUUUGGGCUCGGGCUGCACUGCCCCCGUCAAUCGCAGUUUUAGUGUUCUUCUUCCCUAAGUUAGGCUCAAUCCCUGCUUCCUCAGAAUGUCCCGCUGGGGUCCGAUUUACCUCCCUCAGCCUUCAAAGGCAACACAUUACAGGUGAAGUCUGGCCCUUCCUUCAGCAAACGGUAUACCUGUGCCUUUCUCCUUCCUGUAUGUUCUCUCCCUUCCUCCCGCCUUCUCGACAACCGAGAUGUGGGAGUCGGGGCCCUCCUGGGCGGGGUAGAGCUCGGAAAACUCUCUUUUCUCGGACUAGCAACCCAUUUCUCCCCUCUAUUCGAGUUAGGGUUGUUCCGUUCGGUGUGGUCCAUCUUUCUCCUGCGAGGACAGGUUCGUCUCAGGUGACCCGCUCCUCCACAGCGCCAACACCUUCGCUCCUUACAACUGGCCAAAAAGUGCCCGACCACACCACAUGUCCAGCAUCUCAGAGAUCUAAGUGCAAUGAGCGAAAAAAAAGAAACCAAAAAGUGACUUACCUGAGUUUCGCCGCUCCGUGUUUUGUUUCUUUUUCCUCCUUCUUUUGCUUCCUUCUCUUUUCCUCCUUAUGUCUCCUUCAGACCAAUAUAGUCCAAAGACUAGAGUCCUUUCUGGUCUUAUUCGGUCCCGACUGGAUAAAACAAAUGCAACCUUCUCUCCUCUUUCAGACGGCCGUGGUAAUUCCCACGGGUCUAUCUUAG